AUGCCGGAUCGUCAAGAUCCUCUUCGACCUCGUGAUUUGCUUGCUAUGUCCACAGGGGGUGGGGGGAUUAGGCGGGUGUAUACAAACCCAGUGGUAAGCCAGCACCCGGAGCCCCUCUUGAAGGAUAUGGAGAGGUUGCGACUGGGAGAAAAUCUACUACAUCGCCCUUUUGGGAUUAGGUGCAGUGCUUUCUGCGAAGGCUGA